UUUCAAAACUCCCGUGCAGAAAGAGUGGAGAAUUGAUCCACAGACAGAUAUAACACAUAGUCUACAGAUUAGGCAUCAUUUUGGUACAACAGAACACACACAGUCUCUCAUUGUGUAAAAAUGUGCUACAUCCAUUUUUGUCUGAAUAAGAAAUAGUGCAAAGUGGCAAGUAUUGAUUUUAACAUGAACAAGUGGAGAACAGUGAAGCGCAUUGGAUCACAUGAUAUUCAUCAAAACGUCAAAAUUCUGCAGGAUUAUUUUGUGACACCAUAGAGACGAGAACUGCAGUCGCUGCUCCACUUCUGUCCGCUUCUUUUCAGUACAUGACAACUUCCUCCAUGAUUAAUGACUCUUUGGGGUUCAUGAUGUUUGUGUAUGAUCGUGUGUGUAUGUGUGUGUGUGGAUUCUGUAUUUGUUUCAUCAUCGGAGACUGUGGGUGAUAGAUCAGGCUUAAUAUCUAAAGGGCUAGGGAAGUAAAUACAACCUGAUGAGUCGUGUUUAAUCGUUAGUCAUUGUUCAUGUAAGCAGAAAUCAAAUUCCUGGCAUCCAUUGGUUUUGUUGGCGACAAAGUCAGAUUCACGAGAAAAGCGGAAGCUCUCACUCCAUGAUUUGGGUCAAAAAUGAAAGCUGUUGUGGCCCGGCUCCUGAGUCCUGGCUGCAGUCCUGGCGCCCAUGAAAAAGGGCCUUCACAGACAGCCUUCUCUUAGAAUGCAGAGGGUGGUGGGGAUGGAGGGAGGUGGGGCUUGAACAUACAUAAGAGGCGAAGACAGUCCGCCAGUCCAAUUUGGCACGGCAUCACCAGACAAUUUGCUAUUGCUGAACCUUUUCAAUUGGAUCUUUUCAGUCGUUCAGGACCUCUUUUUACCCUCUUUCGGGCCUUGUAAGAAAAUUAAAAAUACCCCUUGGCUUGGUCAUUUCUGGAUGAGAAACGGCACGUCAGUGAUGAGCGCGAGCAGGUUGCUGAGAACUGAGGCUUUGUCCUGGCUGACGGCUGUAGGAAACUUGUCUGGGGGCGAGUCCCACGCCUUGGUCCUGCAGCCUUUCUGGGACUACCUCCACCAGAACCACCACGACCUGCUCAGGAGCCCGCUCUUCCCCGUGGUCCUCUCCGUCACCACCUACUUUGUCCUGGUUGGUAUUUACACCGCGUUGGACCUGCUGGCUCCCACCUGGCCCUCCAUCAAUCGUUACCGGCUGCAUCCGGACAAACCCGUCACCUGGCCUAACAUCUGGACCACCUUAGGUGUCACCGUCUACAACCACCUGUUUUUCAUCUUCCCCGCGGCGGUUGCACAGUGGCUGUGGAGGCCGCCAACCCCGUUGCCUCCAGAGGCCCCCUCUCUUUGGGGCUUCUUUCUCGGCAUCCUGGGCUGUAUGGUCGUCUUUGAUUUCCAGUACUACCUGUGGCACCUCCUGCACCACCGGGUUCCCUGGCUUUACCGGACCUUCCACGGAAUCCACCACCAGUACAACCAGCCCUUCAGCCUGGUCACCCAGUACCUUUCUGGCUGGGAGCUGUUCAGCGUGGGAUUCUGGGCAACGGUGGACCCCAUCCUGCUGAGGUGCCACUGCCUCACAACUUGGGGUUUCAUGGUCUUUAACGUUUACGUCUCCACUGAGGACCACUGUGGCUACGACUUCCCCUGGGCUAUGCACAACCUGGUGCCCUUUGGCCUUUGGGGCGGGGCCCCCAAGCAUGACGCUCAUCACCAGCGACCGGGGACCAACUUUGCCCCGUUUUUCUCCCAUUGGGACUGGCUCGGGGGAACCAACACGGUGCCAACCGCCGCCGGCCAAUUUGCCUCAGAAGAGCCAGAAGACAUGAAAGAGAAAAAGGACUAAAGGACUCUCAUUGACUUAAACUCUUUUGUACCUUCUCACAUUCCAACACUCUUGUUUUUUUUCUAUCUACAAUCUUGCACCUUUUCCCAGGUUUUCUCAUCUUUCUUUGAUCUUCCAUAUUUUUUUACUAACUGAAAUCUCUCUGUUGUACCUACAGUGUUUGCUAAAAAAUUUAAAGAGAUUGUUUCUUUCUGCAUUAAUGGAAAGUGAUGGCAUAUAUUGUCCCUGCUUGUCUCAUUGAUUAGUAGUAAGUGGAACAUUGAUCAACACAUUAGAUGUGCAUUAAUGAUUUUGAUGAUUGAUUUGACAAAAUGUAAUAUUUGUUUCCUGUUUCACAAUUGGGUGACUGCAUGAUAUUCUUAUGACGGGAAGCACUUUGAACUGCCUUGUUUCUGAAAUUUGCUUAAAGAAAUAAACUUGGCUCAUUUUCGAGACUUCUCGCUCAUCCGAAUAUCUUGAUGUAUUGCCGCUCCUCUUCGUCUUCUUCUCAGGCUGUUUUUUAUGCAUCUGCAAAAGUAAUUUAAUGUAAAUGAAAGGAAAGACAAAGGCAUUCAAAUCAGAUCUGUGUUGUCAAACCUUCCUGAGUGCCUCAUCUUGAGCAUUCGGUGGCACGGACGCUCGUCCUCUCUCUCCUCUAGCUUGCACACAUGAAUGGCCGUCUUUUAGCCGCGUCCCAGCAUCAAGCGUGGUCGCAAUGUUAAUCCAUCAAUCUGCCUUCCAGACAAAAUGCUCUAGCUGCAAGAGCAUUAAUGAGGCUCCUCAAAGGGAGGAAUGUGAAGUCUGCAAGUGGAAAUAAAAAUAGUUUGGAAUGUUUUGGAAACUUAAAACUGCAGAAAUCUCUAGGAUUCAUUUUGACUAUAUACACAUUAGUCACUCUUUUUUUCAUCAUACAAUUAAACCACUUGGCUGCAUUUAUUGGAAUGUUCAUUUCUCACUCAAAGACACAGAGGACAUGUAGUUCUGUAACGAUUUGGAAAAAAAUCUACUGUUUAGAGGAUUUUUUACUACAUUGUACAUUUUAAUUUUACUUGGGUAAUUUUACUAUGAAGUAUUGUUACUCUUACUUGAGCAAUAUUCCUGGAUUAACCAAAAAUUCGAUUUUAUAUAUAUACUUACGUCAGUAAUUUCUUGAACUGUUACUUUUUGUUACUAAAGACUAAAAAUAUGAUAAAGUACUGCUACUCAUACCUGAGUAAAAUUUUGGGGUAUUCUAUGGACUUCACUUUUACACCGAUUAGUUUCUACACUUUUCCAUAAACCUGCAUUGUUUUCUGAAACCAGCAGAAGUCACACUCUCUGCACACACACAUACACCCAUCCACAUAAAAAGAGAAAAAAUGACUCCAGCCCCUAAAUUAGACUAUCAAAUUAACCUGAAUAACAAACACACAUCUCUAAUUUUAGACCAUAUUUGGUUGAACAAAAACUAGGUGACUCAUGGAACAUAAAAAUGACUCACGGCCAAUCGAAACGCCUCGU